AACGAAUGGAGGCAGCCGAAAAUAAAAAAAACCCUCCCAAAAACUCUGUCUCAAUCUCAAUCCACCCUCUCUCUCUCCCGUUGUAAAAAAUUGUGCUUUGUAGUCCUUCCUUUUAUCAUCUUCCCCAUCCAGAGGAGAGAGAGAGAGGGGGAAAAGGAGAGAGAGAGAGAGCAGCGCCUGUGUUGUUGUGCGUGACUCGGUGACUGCAACGCACGUCGGUGCUACAUCGAGAGAGACCUUUUCAUCGCCUCCUAUCAACUUCCAUUUUUCGUUAAAUUGAUUUUGAUUGGUUUCUCUCUCUCUCUCUGAGGAAAUUCGCUUUAUUCUCACGGCAUACCAAAAAAGCAAAGCACAAAUUUGAUUUCCCCUUGGGAUUUGGAAUGCUAUCCGAUUUUCCCCCAAAUUAAGUGUCUCUCCAACUCUGGCGGACCUCAGAGGAACCCUAGCGUUCCUCGUCUCCUCGCUCGCCUCCGAAUCGGACGCCUUCGGAUUCAAAUCGCGGCGGAAGAGCCACGGGUACCUCCGCCGGGAAUCGAAAAUGCUGUGGAUAAUGCGAUUCUCGGGGUUCUUCUCCGCCGCGAUGGUCAUGAUCGUCCUCUCCCCGUCUCUGCAGUCCUUCCACCCGGCGGAGGCGAUUCGCUCCUCUCACGGCGGCGAUUCCGAUUCCAAAUCCUACCUCCGCCUGCCGACGUCUGCCGCCGAGAAAUUCACAUUCCGCAGAGCGCCGGUUUUCCGCAAUGCCGGCGAUUGCCGCGCCUCGAGACUCGGGGAAUCAAGCGUCUGCGAUCCAUCGCUGGUCCACGUGGCGAUCACGCUCGAUUUGGAGUACCUCCGAGGCUCAAUCGCCGCCGUCCAUUCGGUCCUCCAGCAUUCCAAGUGCCCUGAGAGCGUCUUCUUCCAUUUCCUGGUCUCGGAAACGUCUCUCGAAUCGGUAGUCCGAUCUACUUUCCCGGAAUUGAAGUUCAAAGUGUACUAUUUUGAUCCAGAGAGAGUGCGGAAUCUCAUCUCUAGCUCCGUGAGGCAAGCGCUCGAGCAACCGCUCAACUACGCGCGAAACUACCUCGCCGAUCUUCUAGAAGCCUGCGUCAAUCGCGUCAUCUACCUCGAUUCCGAUCUCGUCGUCGUCGACGACAUCUCCAAGCUCUGGAGCACGGAGCUGGGGAAGAAAACGAUCGGCGCGCCGGAGUACUGCCACGCGAACUUCACCAAAUACUUCACGGAGCAUUUCUGGUCGCGACCAGCCUUCUCCGGCGUAUUCUCCGGCAGAAAUCCGUGCUACUUCAACACCGGCGUGAUGGUGAUAGAUCUGGCCAGAUGGCGGCGGCUCGGCUACACGCGCCGAAUCGAGCGGUGGAUGGAGAUCCAGAAGACCAGCGCGAGCCGGAUCUACGAGCUCGGCUCGCUGCCGCCGUUCCUGCUCGUCUUCGCCGGGCAGGUGGCGCCGAUCGAGCACCGGUGGAAUCAGCACGGCCUCGGCGGCGAUAAUGUGCGCGGCAGCUGCCGUGACCUCCACGCCGGUCCGGUGAGCCUCCUCCACUGGAGCGGCAGCGGCAAGCCGUGGCUCCGGCUCGACUCGAAGCAGCCGUGCCCGCUCGACUCGCUCUGGGCGCCAUUCGAUUUGUACGGACAUUGACAGUGAGAAGAGGAAGAAGAGGAAGAAGGAGAAAAGAUUUCACAAAAUUGUUUUUUGGCCGCCGGUAAUUCCUUCAGUGACUGCUCCUCCACUUUUUUACAAUUACUUCAUGAUUUUUUUUCUCUACAGUUUCACAUUUUUUAUUAUGUUUGAUCAUAGCCCCUUUUUUCUUUCUUUAAUUACUUGUUUAUUUUGAUGAUUGACUCGUUACAUUACUUGUCAUGAUCGAUUUGUACCAUAUCCUGUUUAUUACUCUCCUGUUUCUUGAAAAAUAAAGUGAAUGAGGAAGAUAUAUACACUAUACACAUUUCUGAUUUCA